AUGACUGGGGAAGUGACUCUGACAGGGAGGAUCCUUCCAAUUGGUGGGGUGAAAGAGAAAACUAUAGCAGCAAGAAGAAGUGAAGUGAAGACCAUCAUAUUCCCUUCGGCUAACCGGAGGGAUUUUGAUGAACUUGCACCCAACGUAAAGGAAGGGAUGACGUUCACUUUGUAGACGAAUACAGCCAGAUAUUCG